UUCCAAACCCAUCUCCACGGUCAAAUUAAGCCCCCCAUAUAUAUAUAUAUAUAUAUAUCAUCCAUCUUCCUUCCUAAACAGGCAUGAGAUAUAUAUAUAUAUCUAUAGUAGUUUUGACUUGAAUAUUGUAGUAUAGAUAGACAGAUAGAGAGGGGGAGAGAGAAAGAGAGAGAGAUUAUUGCUGGUGAGUCCGCGCCGAUUAGUUGUUGGGAGUUGAGUGAUAUAGAAAGGCUCCUUAAAGCUUACUCACAUGUGCAACUGGGUAACCCCUUUUUAUACUAGGCCUUUGAUCAUCCAAACCUCUCACCAAAACCAACCCUUCUUCAACCCCAACAACCUUCCUUCCCGUGCUCGUCUUUUUACUCUUGAUUUCUGUGUGCAAUAUGGACAUCCUUAUGUUGUUCCUGUACAUGGUGCCGCUCUCCUACCUCUUGUUCAGGCUGGUCAAGAUCGUUGAGCGGAGGCGGCACCAGUGCUGCUACAUUCUGGACUUCGAAUGCUACAAGCCCGGCGACGACAGAAAGCUCAGCACAGAUUUCUGUGGCGAAGUCAUGAAGAGGACCAAGAAUCUGGGGCUCGAUGAAUUCAAGUUCCUCUUGAAAGCCGUGGUUGGUGCAGGCCUUGGGGAGGAGACCUAUGCGCCGAGGAUGGUGUUUGAGGGCCGGGAAAGCUGCCCCACCUUCGACGACGGCAUCACCGAGAUGGACGAGUUCUUCCACGACAACAUCCAGAAACUUCUGGAGAGGUCCGGGGUUUCGCCUUCCCAGAUCGAUGUUCUUGUUGUGAACAUCUCCAUGCUUACUUCGGCCCCUUCUGUGGCUGCCAGAAUCAUCAAUCACUACAAGAUGAGGCCGGAUGUUAAGGUUUACAAUCUCACGGGAAUGGGCUGCAGUGCCAGCCUUAUAUCCAUCAACAUUGUUCAGAACAUCUUCAAGAACCACAAGAAUCUCUAUGCGCUUGUGGUCACAUCCGAAUGUCUGAGCCCCAAUUGGUACACCGGCAAUAACAGAUCCAUGAUUCUGGCGAACAGCUUGUUCAGGACUGGGGGCUGUACAAUUCUCUUGACCAACAAAGUAGCGCUAAGAGGCAAAGCCAUGCUGAAACUCAAGUGCCUGGUCCGGACCCACCACGGCGGCAGAGACGAAUCCUACGGCUGCUGCAUCCAGAUGGAAGACGAGCACGGCCGGCCGGGCUUCCACCUCGGCAAGAACCUUCCCAUGGCCGCCACCCGGGCUUUCGUCGACAACCUCAAGCAGAUCUCGCCCAAAAUCCUCCCCGUAAGAGAGCUCCUCCGCUUCUCCCUCGCCUCGUUUCUCAGAAGAAUGAGGCAGAGCUCCAGCAAGGGCUCCCCCGGCGGCCGACCGGUGAUCAACUUCAAAACCGGGGUAGACCACUUUUGCCUCCACACGGGCGGGAAGGCGGUGAUAGACGGAAUAGGACAGAGCCUGAAUCUGAGCAAGUAUGAUCUGGAGCCGGCCAGAAUGACGCUCCAUAGAUUUGGGAACACAUCGGCAAGCAGCCUCUGGUAUGUGCUUGCUUACAUGGAAGCCAAGAAAAGGUUGAAGAAAGGAGACAAAGUGUUCAUGAUCAGCUUUGGAGCUGGUUUCAAGUGCAACAGCUGUUUGUGGGAGGUGGUGAGAGAUUUGGAGGGUAGAAAUGUCUGGGAGCAUUGCAUUGAAGGGUACCCUGUAGAAACCCUAACCAACCCUUUCAUGGACAAGUAUGGCUGGAUCAACAAUGAAGAUCCCACCACCUUCAAAAUACCAGAGUAAGGAAUUAAAAAAUAAAAAAUAAAACCAUAGAAAAAAAAAAUUUGAAUAGUCAUGAAAAAGUUUACAUGUUAUUAUUAUUAUUAUUUGUUUUUUUCAAAACCCUAGCUCAGCUCAUCCUCCUCAUAUUAAUUAACAGUGUUGCUUUCCUAUUUAUUCUUAUAUAUUUGGAGACAUUUGUGUACCCAAAUUAAAGUCAAAAGCUAAUAACUUGUACUUCUGCUUA